AUGAAUUUCGAGACCGACGCCUUAUCUGAUACUAUGAUGGAAUCUGAGCGUGCUCAGCGUAGACUUCGCCGUAAUGAGGUUACUGAGCGUAUGAUCGCUCAGAGUCAUGAUUUUGUUUCGAUUGGUGAUGAAACCGAUGUUGCUGGUGUUGGUGAUGACCAGCUAGGUGUAGCUACUGUGGUGAAUUCUGGUUUGACUGAAGCUGGUGAACGUGUUAGUGCUUCUAACCAGGAUUAUGUUUCCCAUGCUCAUAAUCUUCCUGAUCCUCCCCACACCACUGACGAUCCUUCAAGGGGUGACUCAUCUGGCCGAGGUUAUUUCUACCUUGGUGUCUCAGGUUGGGACGCACCGGCAUGA